GGGCGGCGCGCGCCGGGCUGCGCGGGGCGCGGAGCGGAGCGGAGCCAGCGCGGCCCCGCCAUGAACAGCAUCAAGAACGUACCGGCGCGGGUGCUGAGCCGCCGCGGCGGACACAGCCUGGAAGCGGAGCGGGAGCAGUUCGAUAAGAGCCAGGCUGUCAGCAUCAGCAAAGCCAUAAAUACACAGGAAGCACCAGUGAAGGAGAAACAUGCCCGCAGGAUCAUCCUGGGGACACACCAUGAGAAGGGAGCGUUCACCUUCUGGUCCUACGCCAUCGGGCUGCCCCUGGCCAGCAGUGCCAUCCUCAGCUGGAAGUUCUGCCACGUCCUGCACAAGGUCCUGCGUGACGGCCACCCCAAUGUCCUCCAGGACUGCCAGAGGUACCGCAGCAACAUCCGAGAGGUGGGGGACCUGUGGGGCCAUUUGCACGACAGGUAUGGGCAGCUGGUGAACAUCUACACACGGCUCCUCCUCACCAAGAUCUCCUUCCACACCAAGCAUCUCGAGUUCCCCCCGGGCCUGGAAGUGUCAGAUGAAGUGCUGGAAAAGACUGCAGGGACGGACGUGAACAACAUCUUCCAGCUGACAGUGGAGUUGUUUGACUACCUGGACUGGGAGCUGAAGCUGUCAGAGUCAGUUUUCAGGCAGCUCAACACCUCGAUGGCGGUGUCGCAGAUGUCGGCGGUGCAGUGCCGCCUCGCCCCCCUCAUCCAGGUCAUCCAGGACUGCAGCCACCUCUACCACUACACCGUCAAGUUAAUGUUCAAGCUGCAUUCCUGUCUGCCGGCCGACACGCUGCAGGGACACCGGGACCGCUUCCACGAGCAGUUUCGCAGCCUCAAAAACUUCUUUAAGAAGGCAUCCGACAUGCUGUAUUUCAAGCGGCUCAUCCAGAUCCCCCGGCUGCCGGAGAGCCCCCCAAACUUCUUGCGGGCAUCUGCGCUGGCAGAGCAUGUGAAGCCAGUGGUUGUCAUCCCUGACGAAGCCCCUGAGGAUGAGGAGCCAGAGAACCUCAUUGAGAUCAGUACAGCUUCCACCACGGAGCCACAGAUCACCUCAGAUGUAUUUGAGCAAACCUUUGGGCCGCCCAACGGCGUCCGGGACGACAGGGAUGCACAGAUCGAGAGCCUCAAGAAAGAGGUGGAUAUGCUCCGUGCAGAGAUGGAGAAGAUCAAGCUGGAGGCGCAGCGGUACAUCACGCAGCUCAAGGCCCAGGUGAACAGCCUGGAGGGAGAAGUGGAGGAGCAGCGGAAGCAAAAGCAAAAGGCGCUGGUGGACAACGAGCAGCUGCGGGAUGAGCUGGAGAGGCUGCAGCGGCUGAAGCAGGACAGCGACAGGUCCCAGCGGCUCUGCGCCGAAGCUGAAAAGAAAGCCAACGCCACCGAGAUCCGCUACACAAAGCUGAAGGAGAAGCACAGUGAGCUCAUCAACACACACGCCGAGCUCCUGAGGAAGAAUGCUGACACUGCAAAGCAGCUGACGGUCACGCAGCAGAGCCAGGAGGAGGUGGCACGUGUCAAGGAGCAGUUGGCAUUUCAGGUGGAGCAGGUCAAGCGGGAGGCUGAGAUGAAGCUGGAGGAUCAGAGUGUGCAGCUGGAGCAGCUGCGGCAGGAGCUGGACACACGGCGGGAGGAGCUGGAGCAGGCUCAGCGCUCGCUCGGCCAGGCCAAGCAGGUGGGUGCAGAGCUCAGCGCCCAGGUGGAGGCUCUGAACACCGAGAAGGAGCUGCUGAGGCGGUCGGUGAGCGAGAAGGAGUGUGAGCUGCUCUCCACACGUGGCCUCGUCGAGGAGAAGGAGCUGCAGCUGAGCCAGGAGGUGGACAAAGCCACGAGGGAGAUCCACGAGCUGCAGGGCAGGCUCCUGGAGAAGAGCAACCAGGAGCAGAGUCUGCAGCAGCAGCUGCUGGAUGAGCAGUUUGGGAUCCUGCAGGAGACGGUGCGGGAGGCCGAGGGCAUCCUCCGUGACGCAGUGGCCAAGUUGGAUGACCCGCUGCACAUCCGCUGCACCAGCUCCCCAGAUUACCUGCUGAGCCGGGCGCAGGCGGCGCUGGAGUCCACGGACGCCCUGGAGAACGGGCACGCGCAGUACGUGGCCUCCAUGGCAGCAGAUGCUGCAGGGCUGGUGGGGGCUCUGGCCCUCUUCACACACCUGACAGCUGACACCAUUGUGAACGGCAGUGCCACGGCUCACCUGGCUCCCACCGACCACGCUGACCGGCUGACGGAGACGUGCCGGGACUGUGGGCAGCAGAGCCUGGGCUACCUGGGCCAGCUGAGGGACAAGCAGACGGUGGGACGAGCUGAGCUGGGGGCCGUGCGCCAGGCGCUGCAGGGGGUCCUGCAACUGGCCCAGGAGCUGAGGCCCAAGAGCUUAGACAUCAGGCAAGAAGAGCUGGGGGACAUGGUGGAGAAGGAGAUGGCCUCCACCUCCGAGGCGAUCGAGGAUGCCGUCAGGCGGAUAGAGGAGAUGAUGAGCCAGGCCAGAAGCGAGAGCUCCGGUGUUAAGCUUGAAGUGAAUGAGCGAAUUCUGAACUCCUGCACGGAUCUGAUGAAGGCCAUUAGACUUCUUGUAAUGACAUCUACGAACCUGCAGAAGGAGAUAGUGGAGAGUGGGCGGGGGGCAGCAACGACUCAGGAGUUUUAUGCCAAGAACUCGCGCUGGACCGAAGGGCUGAUCUCUGCCUCCAAGGCCGUGGGCUGGGGAGCCACGCAGCUCGUGGAGUCAGCAGACAGGGUUGUCCUGCACACAGGGAAAUAUGAAGAGCUGAUUGUCUGCUCCCAUGAAAUCGCUGCCAGCACAGCCCAGCUGGUGGCUGCCUCCAAGGUGAAAGCUGAGAAGAGCAGCAGGAACCUAGUCAAGCUCCAGGAGUGCUCACGCAACGUCAACGAGAUGGCAGCCAACGUGGUGGCUUCCACCAAGUCAGGGCAGGAGCAGAUUGAGGAGAAAGACACCAUGGACUUUUCAGGCAUGUCCCUCAUCAAGCUGAAGAAGGAAGAGAUGGAAACACAGGUGAAGGUGCUGGAGCUGGAGAAGCGUCUGGAGAGCGAGCGGGUGCGUCUGGGCGAGCUGAGGAAGCAACACUACGGCCUGGCCGGGGCCUACGACGCGGCCGAGGACGGGGAGGCAAAGCCGGCGCCGGCCCCUCGGAGAGGCAUCCUCAAGAAGCCCCCUUUGGCUCAGAAACCCAGCCCUGUGGAGCCUUAGCGAUUUGCCGGGCUGUCGCCCCCUCGCAGGGCCAAGGGGAGCGGGGACGGGCUCCCCGGCGCCUCACGGUGCCUUGGCUGUGCCUUCCAGCAGGGUCUCUGCCCCCACCCGCCUGCAAAACUGGAUGGAUGGGAUUUUAAAUGAUAGGGGGUUUUUGUUCUUCACUUGAUUCCUGGCUGUAGAGCAGGGGGGGUUCCUGCUGGCUCCCUGGGCAGCGCAGGAUGCCCUCUCCUCCUCCUCCUCCUCCUGUCAAACGCCUCUUCCCGGUUUCAUUUCAUUCGGGAUUCCUAUUGGGUCAAACUUUUUUAAACCCCAACUUCCUCAGCACUAGAGGUUUUCAGUCAAUGUAGCUCUCUACUGUACUGCUCAGACCCUUUCCAAGAGCUGUGAACUGUUUGGAAGGUAGGAGACUGCUGGCCUUUUUCUUGCAACCAUUUUUUUAACCUCCCCUUUUUUUCAACCUGAGGAAUAAUUUGACUUUGUCUCAGCAUGGGAUCAGCCCUCAGCAGAGAGGGAGACUUCAGCCUUACCAGGCACAAGGCUUGUGUAAGGGAACAAGCAGUUACUGACACACACUGGCAAUAAGGAUACAAUUGUUUUGUGUUCCUUUUCUAUGUUUUAUUACUCCAGCACUGUCAGGGGAUCAGUUGUGUUAUGUUUUAUAUUUAAGAUAAUUAGCAGGAUUGAAUCUAACCCAUGGCCUGUGGGAGCCAGGGGGUUGAGAAGUCUGCAGCAAUAAGGAAUUACUGAUGUGGAGAGACACGGGGGCAGAAGAAAAACCCUGUCAGCUGUAUCUUCCCUUGGAGCUACUCUCAAGCUGUAGAUUAUUAAAGAAGCAAUAUUUAAAAUA